GAGCGUCGCGCGUUUAGAGAGGAUCUUUUCAAAGAGUCUCUCAGACUCCGUUCCCAUCUUAUAUUUAUCUCACUGUGAAUGAAGGUAAACUACGGGUGGAUUGAAAUAUUCUGUGACGUGCGAAUCGGUGUAUUACAUAUCUAAAGAGAUGUCCAACGACUCUCAGGAGAGCCCGGCCAGCUCUCGACCUCGAUUCUGUCCAUCGGCUCUAACGCAGAUACAGAUUGAGAGAUUGAAAAGAGAGGCAGAACCUGGAGAACCGGCUAGCCAAACCGGGGAUCAAUCUACUUCGAAUAAAUCAGAGCCAGAAAAUGAAAACUGGGGCUACGAUUUGUACCCAGAAAGAAGAGGAGCGAAAUACAAGCCCAGUUGGCUUAAAACGCUAGUGGGAAUUGAAGGACGAGAAGCCCUGGACAAAGCAAAAUGCGAACAUAGAGUCUAUGCUUGCAUAAAGAACAAUCCGCUGAUAAAACUCAUGGUAGCUGCCCUCAACAGUUCUGGAUGCCCAUUUGAUAUCAGAAGGCAUAUUUCUUGCGAAGUAUGCGAUACCAAGGUGUCCGGAGGAUAUGAUCCAGAAUUGAAUCAAGUAGUAAUAUGCCAAAAUACAGUUCGACAAGAAGGCAUGGUCGGUAGCGUUAUGGUUCAUGAAAUGAUUCACAUGUUUGAUUGGUGCCGUAAUGAGAUGGACUUCAAAAACAUCGAUCACCUUGCUUGUACAGAAAUUAGAGCUGCCAAUCUAACACACUGUAGUUUUGUGAGUGCUUGGACGAUGGGUGUUGCCUCACCUCUUAACAUACGAAAAAUGCAUCAGGAAUGCGUUAAGCAAAAGGCACUAGAUUCGGUUGUGACCGCAAGAAACGUGACUGUGGAAGAAGGCCGUGCAGCAAUCGAACGAGUAUUUCCCAUGUGUUAUGCAGACUUGGAGCCGAUCGGUAGACGCAUCAAGAGGAAUUCUACAGAUAUGCACAGAGCAUAUUCUGAGGGCUUGUUAUAUGGUUACGACACAUGAUGAAAGUAGCUUUAUAAUCUUAUCCACAAGAUAUAGAUUUUGAUUGUAUAGUUAAUUUACACGUGAUUAAAUGAAAUAUUCGGCAAAUCAUGGAAA